GGGCCGAGCGCGGCGCAGCGGAGCGGGGCAGAGCAUCCUGCGCCCCGGCGCGGGGCCCUGCGGUAGCUUAGGGCCCCUCCCCUGGACCGCGCUGCAGAGCCAGGUAAGCGGCGCUCGCAGGCCUCGGGCCCGGCACUGGGACCGGGAUGAGGCCGUGAGGAUGCGCGAGGGGCCGCCCCCUCUCCCGGCCCGCGGGGGGCGCUCGGCGCUGCGCCCUGGCUAGCUCGAGGCCGGGCCUCAGGCCCCACGCGGCCCCUUUCCCCCUCGGGCCCACCCGGCGUCCCGCGGUCCGGACCCUCUGGCCGGGAGGCGCGGGCGCAUCGCGGAGCUCCGGCGAGGCGGCUGGGGAGCCGCAGCAGCAGGUGCGCGGCCUGGGCCGGAGCCGCCAGCCCGGGAGGAGGCGGUGCUAAUCUCAGAGACCAGAGACACCUGCAGUGGCCCCGAGCCCGGCGGCGGCGAUAUCCUCUGCUCCAGUGCGGAAUACAGAAACUGCAGCCAUGACCACGCAUGUCACCCUGGAAGAUGCCCUGUCCAACGUGGACCUGCUUGAAGAGCUGCCCCUCCCCGACCAGCAGCCAUGCAUCGAACCUCCACCUUCCUCCAUCAUGUACCAGGCUAACUUUGACACGAACUUCGAGGACAGGAAUGCAUUUGUCACGGGCAUUGCAAGGUACAUUGAGCAGGCCACAGUCCACUCCAGCAUGAAUGAGAUGCUGGAGGAAGGACAUGAGUAUGCAGUCAUGCUGUACACCUGGCGCAGCUGUUCCCGGGCCAUUCCCCAGGUGAAAUGCAACGAGCAGCCCAACCGUGUAGAGAUCUACGAGAAGACAGUGGAGGUGCUGGAGCCAGAGGUCACCAAGCUCAUGAAGUUCAUGUAUUUUCAGCGCAAGGCCAUCGAGCGGUUCUGCAGCGAGGUGAAGCGUCUGUGCCAUGCCGAGCGCAGGAAGGACUUUGUCUCUGAAGCCUACCUCCUGACUCUGGGCAAGUUCAUCAAUAUGUUCGCUGUCCUGGAUGAGCUGAAGAACAUGAAGUGCAGCGUCAAGAACGACCACUCUGCCUACAAGAGGGCGGCACAGUUCCUGAGGAAGAUGGCAGAUCCCCAGUCCAUCCAGGAGUCACAGAACCUUUCCAUGUUCCUGGCCAACCACAACAGGAUCACCCAGUGUCUCCACCAGCAACUGGAAGUGAUCCCAGGCUAUGAGGAGCUGCUGGCUGACAUCGUCAACAUCUGCGUGGAUUACUACGAGAACAAGAUGUACCUGACGCCCAGUGAGAAACACAUGCUCCUCAAGGUGAUGGGCUUUGGCCUGUACCUGAUGGAUGGAAAUGUCAGUAACAUUUACAAACUGGAUGCCAAGAAGAGAAUUAAUCUUAGCAAAAUUGAUAAGUUCUUUAAGCAGCUGCAGGUGGUGCCCCUUUUCGGCGACAUGCAGAUAGAGCUGGCCAGAUACAUUAAGACCAGUGCUCACUAUGAAGAGAACAAGUCCAAGUGGACGUGUACCCAGAGCAGCAUCAGCCCCCAGUACAAUAUCUGCGAGCAGAUGGUUCAGAUCCGGGAUGACCACAUCCGCUUCAUCUCCGAGCUCGCUCGCUACAGCAACAGUGAGGUGGUGACGGGCUCAGGGCUGGACAGCCAGAAGUCAGACGAGGAGUAUCGUGAGCUCUUCGACCUGGCCCUGCGGGGUCUGCAGCUUCUAUCCAAGUGGAGUGCCCACGUCAUGGAGGUGUACUCUUGGAAGCUGGUUCACCCCACAGACAAGUUCUGCAAUAAGGACUGCCCUGGCACCGCAGAGGAAUACGAGAGAGCCACACGCUACAAUUACACCAGUGAGGAAAAGUUUGCCUUUGUUGAGGUGAUCGCCAUGAUCAAAGGCCUGCAGGUGCUCAUGGGCAGGAUGGAGAGCGUCUUCAACCAGGCCAUCAGGAACACCAUCUAUGCAGCAUUGCAGGACUUCGCCCAGGUGACGCUGCGUGAGCCCCUGCGGCAGGCGGUACGGAAGAAGAAGAACGUCCUCAUCAGUGUCCUACAGGCAAUUCGAAAGACCAUCUGUGACUGGGAGGGAGGGCGAGAGCCCCCCAAUGACCCAUGCUUGAGAGGGGAGAAGGACCCCAAAGGUGGAUUUGACAUCAAGGUGCCCCGGCGUGCUGUGGGGCCGUCCAGCACGCAGGCCUGCCAGUGGUCCCCGAGGGCUUUGUUUCACCCCACUGGUGGCACACAGGGCCGAAGAGGCUGCCGAUCCCUGCUGUACAUGGUGCGGACCAUGCUCGAAUCGCUCAUUGCAGACAAAAGCGGCUCCAAGAAGACCCUGAGGAGCAGCCUCGACGGACCCAUCGUCCUCGCCAUAGAGGACUUUCACAAACAGUCCUUCUUCUUCACACAUCUGCUCAACAUCAGUGAAGCCCUGCAGCAAUGUUGUGACCUCUCCCAGCUCUGGUUCCGAGAAUUCUUCCUGGAGUUAACCAUGGGCCGACGAAUUCAGUUCCCCAUUGAGAUGUCCAUGCCCUGGAUUCUAACGGACCAUAUCCUGGAAACCAAAGAACCUUCUAUGAUGGAGUAUGUCCUCUACCCUUUGGAUCUGUACAACGACAGCGCUUACUAUGCUCUGACCAAGUUCAAAAAGCAGUUCCUGUAUGAUGAGAUCGAAGCUGAGGUGAACCUGUGUUUUGAUCAGUUUGUCUACAAGCUGGCAGACCAGAUCUUUGCUUACUACAAAGCCAUGGCUGGCAGUGUCCUGUUGGAUAAACGUUUUCGAGCUGAAUGUAAGAAUUAUGGAGUCAUCAUUCCAUAUCCACCGUCCAAUCGCUAUGAAACGCUGCUAAAGCAGAGACACGUCCAGCUGUUGGGUAGAUCAAUUGACCUGAACAGACUCAUUACCCAGCGCAUCUCUGCCGCCAUGUAUAAAUCCUUGGACCAGGCUAUCAGCCGCUUUGAGAGCGAGGACCUGACCUCCAUUGUGGAGCUGGAGUGGCUGCUGGAGAUUAACCGGCUCACGCACCGGCUGCUCUGUAAGCACAUGACGCUGGACAGCUUUGAUGCCAUGUUCCGGGAGGCCAAUCACAAUGUGUCCGCCCCCUACGGCCGCAUCACCCUGCAUGUCUUCUGGGAACUGAACUUUGACUUUCUCCCCAACUACUGCUACAAUGGGUCCACGAACCGUUUUGUCCGGACUGCCAUUCCUUUCACCCAAGAACCACAACGAGACAAACCUGCCAACGUACAGCCUUAUUACCUCUAUGGAUCUAAGCCCCUCAACAUUGCCUACAGCCACAUCUACAGCUCCUACAGGAAUUUCGUGGGGCCGCCUCAUUUCAAAACUAUCUGCAGACUCCUGGGUUACCAGGGCAUUGCUGUGGUCAUGGAGGAACUGCUAAAGAUUGUGAAGAGCUUGCUCCAAGGAACCAUUCUCCAGUAUGUGAAAACACUGAUAGAGGUGAUGCCCAAGAUAUGCCGCUUGCCCCGACAUGAGUAUGGCUCCCCAGGGAUCCUGGAGUUCUUCCACCACCAGCUGAAGGACAUCAUUGAGUACGCAGAGCUCAAAACAGACGUGUUCCAGAGCCUGAGGGAAGUGGGCAAUGCCAUCCUCUUCUGCCUCCUCAUAGAGCAGGCUCUGUCUCAAGAGGAGGUCUGCGACUUGCUCCAUGCUGCACCCUUCCAAAACAUCUUGCCUAGAGUCUACAUCAAAGAAGGGGAGCGUCUGGAGGUCCGGAUGAAACGUCUGGAAGCCAAGUAUGCCCCGCUUCACCUGGUCCCUCUGAUUGAACGGCUGGGGACCCCUCAGCAAAUCGCCAUCGCUCGGGAGGGUGACCUCCUGACCAAGGAGCGGCUGUGUUGUGGCCUGUCCAUGUUCGAGGUCAUCCUGACCCGCAUCCGGAGCUACCUGCAGGACCCCAUCUGGCGGGGCCCACCGCCCACCAAUGGCGUCAUGCACGUCGAUGAGUGUGUGGAGUUCCACCGGCUAUGGAGUGCCAUGCAGUUUGUCUACUGCAUCCCUGUGGGAACCAAUGAGUUCACAGCUGAGCAGUGUUUCGGUGAUGGCUUGAACUGGGCUGGCUGCUCCAUCAUCGUCCUGCUGGGCCAGCAGCGUCGCUUCGACCUGUUCGACUUCUGUUACCACCUGCUAAAAGUGCAGAGGCAGGAUGGGAAGGAUGAAAUCAUUAAGAAUGUGCCCCUCAAGAAGAUGGCCGACCGGAUCAGGAAGUACCAGAUCUUGAACAAUGAGGUUUUUGCCAUCCUGAACAAGUACAUGAAGUCCGUGGAGACAGACAGUUCCACCGUGGAGCAUGUGCGCUGCUUCCAGCCACCCAUCCACCAGUCCUUGGCCACCACUUGCUGAGCAGAAGGUCCUGCAGACCCUUUCUCUGGAGGAGGAAGAGAAGCAGGAGAGAGAAAGCCACAGCCAGCCUGCCACAGGAUCCGACCGGACAGCGUGUGGGAUGGACCUGGAAACAAACAAGUACCUCCCCAAACACAUCUCCACCACUCCCUAGGGCGGGGCAUGUGCAUGCUCUCCCGUGACACCUCCAUGCUGGUUUCUCCAUAGCAUAUAAUGAAAAAAAAAAAAAAAAGAAAAACAGGGCAGUGUGUGCUUUUUCUUUUCUUGCCCCCUCAACCUUUCACCCUUUCUCCAUCCCAUCAUCCCACCCAUCUGUGGUUGCUUCCCAAGACCUCCUCCCAAGACGGACACCUCCUACCCAGUGCCCAUGUCUGACCCCAGGACUGAAGUCUCAGACUGAGAACAGAUACGGCCUGCCCAGAGAUGCCAGCCCCGCCCGAAGGAUGUCCCUCAGCUUGCGACUUCAUCUCUCUGGGUUCCCUCCCAGCAGUGCCACGGGGGUAUCUUCUCCCACUCUGGCUGCCAGGGAUUCUACCACAUAGGCUUCCCGAAGUCCCAUCCUAACUCCCCUCUCGGGGAAGUCCUAGAGAGGUCCAUUCACAGGUGUAUCACACUGUAUGCAGGUGGGGUAGGAGACUGGUCAGGCCUGCUCUGGGGAAGCAGUAUGUAUGAACACGGCCAGAAGUUUCACGGUCCACGCGGGAUGCUUUCAGGCCAUCUCAGCUGCUUGAUGGCGAGAUGGUUCCCUCAUCCCUUUGGUAGAGGCUUAGCACUGGGCCACAUAGGGGAAGCAGCUUGGAACAGUCACAGCACUGCCUACAGCAUUAGCCGGCUACCAAAUUAGGGACCACUUCUUGGCACAGAAUCGCUUAUCAAGGAACAUUUCCACAAGAAAGAAAAUAUUAAGGGGUUAUUUCCACAGAGGCCCAAAACAUCUUGGAAAUACAGAGGUGAGGGGGAAUAGUAAUAAUUGUCAAUGAGCUUUUAAUACCAAGAUAUGUGUGCCCCCUGGCCUCCAGGAAGAGUCCUCUUUUAGGGAAUCAGAACUUUCAUUGUCCUAGAAUCUGAAAGAUUCUUGCAACAUUUUAGCUUUUGCUCUCAACUUGGCUGUUAUCUUUAUGUUUCUUAAGUUAGACUUUGGGGUGUGGCUUCUCUCCCAAAGGUAAUAUUUACUUCCAUUUUCUAGACCAAACCAAAAGUAUUCUGCAGAAUCUCCUACCUAGUGUGAUGGGAACAUUGAGAAGGACAGAGGCUUUAGGAUGUACGUGUCUUGUUACAGAGCAUGUCAUUGUCUCAGGAAAUCUGUGGCCCUGUAGUUUUAAGAGCAUAAAAUGUGACAUUUGAUAUUUUUCCAGCCCAGGGAAGUAAGACGUUUAGAAAUGGUUGCCUUAAUCAAAUGGCCUCGUUUUUAACCCUACAGGAAGUACCCACGGGAAGAGGUCUGUGUGAUGUCCUUAUAUCCUCCAGUGAGGAAAGGUGGGGCCACAGGUGAAAGGCCCCUUAGGUCAGAUCCCGAGAGUAGCACAUCUGAGUGCAGAUUCCUGGGCCCCACCUCAAACUUACUAAUUCUGAAUCUCUGGGAACAGGGCCAGGAAAUCUGCCCUUUCCACAAGCUACCUGACUUGUUCUGUUGCACAUCGAAGUUUGGGAAGCACUGUUGUAAGGGAAUCAUUCUGAUAACCUUGGGCUUUGAGCUACCACCGAGCCGUGGGAAAAAUAUACAGGGAAGAGACAAAGGAAGAGGUUCCCAGGGGAAACUGGCAGAUUCUCCUGUCUGGAAGUACCACCUUCUAUUAUGAUUUCUGACUUUUUCUUCUUGAUGACCAUAGCUAUGUUCCAGAGGCAAAAGAGACAUUAUCCCAGAUGGCAGAACAUACUUUAAAAACACAUAUAAAAUGUCGAGGCUCCAGCUCCUUCUACAUCUUUAGUCCUGUCUGAGGAUGGUAGCUGGCUCUCUGUAGCUGAUAGAUAGAUAGAGUUUCAUCCAAAUCCCUGACCACAGCUUCGUGGAGAUUUGAAUCAUCUAUUUGAUGAGAUUUCUAUUUCAAUAACCCACCUCUCUCACCCCACAUUCAUAUCCCUAAAUUUCACCCUCUGGGCUGAGUCACAUUACCUGCAAGAGACUUGAUCCCAGUAGAUUGAGCUUACCUUUCAGUAGAAGGAUUUCAUUUCCCUGGCUUGCCAGUGGCACUGAUUUCUUAACACCCUAUAAGUUUAAUAUUCUCUUCCCCUGGCAUUACUGCCCUAGCCUCUUUUGAUUUUUGUGUGUGUCUAAUAACCAGGAAAAAAAAUAAAGCUUAGGUUUUAAAAAGUUUUAAAAAAUCUGUUUCAGAAACUGUCAAAUGUACCAUAUUUGUAUUAAGAGUUGUUGGGGAUUUUUGUACAAUGAAUUUACAUUUAUUUAUGGUGACUUAUAUUUACGCUUGUGAUCAAAUAAUGAUGUUAAAUUCUUAAAUCAUAUUUGCUAUGCAGCUGAAAAUGAUAUUUUGAUUUGUAUUUUGGGGGUACCUGUGAUGAGUUGAUAAACAUUUCCAUCUUCAUUAAAACUGCUUCCAAACUAGUAAAACCAG